AAAUCAAUCACCCGGUGGGUGUGACGUCAUCACCGAGCGCCGGGGCUAUAGGAAGCAAUUGGAGGACGAGAUUGCCGCACGACCUUAUAAGGCCUAUUCCCAUGAUCCUCUCCUUCUCAUCACCAUCUUUCCUCUCCAGCAGCCACAGCCAUGAAGGUCGAGCUGUGCAGUUUCAGUGGGUACAAGAUCUACCCCGGACACGGGAGGCGCUACGCCAGGACCGACGGGAAGGUUUUCCAGUUUCUUAAUGCAAAAUGCGAGUCAGCAUUCCUUUCCAAGAGGAACCCUCGACAGAUAAACUGGACUGUCCUUUACAGAAGAAAGCACAAAAAGGGACAGUCGGAGGAAAUUCAAAAGAAAAGAACCCGCCGUGCAGUCAAAUUCCAGAGGGCCAUCACUGGUGCGUCUCUUGCUGAUAUAAUGGCCAAGAGGAAUCAGAAACCUGAAGUUAGGAAGGCUCAACGAGAACAAGCUAUCAGGGCUGCCAAGGAAGCAAAAAAGGCUAAGCAAGCAUCUAAGAAGACAGCAAUGGCUGCUGCUAAGGCUCCCACAAAGGCAGCACCUAAGCAAAAGAUUGUGAAGCCUGUGAAGGUUUCUGCUCCCCGAGUUGGUGGAAAACGCUAAGUUGGCAGAAAAUUUUAAAUAAAGAUCUGAAUAUAACUA